AUGGCAUUUUCUGACGCUCACUCUCCAGCACCAAAUAAAACGGAUGCCAUGCAGACUCUUGAUUCCUAUACGCACGAUUUGACCGCAGAAGCCCAGAGCGGCGAGCCCGCCAUCGCCCAAAAUAAUAGAGGUCGUGGGUCACGCCGAAAAGACUUGUCGACGGUGGAGGACGAGCUAGACGAGUCUGAAGACGUCGCAUCGCUCAAGAUCAAGCUCACACUCCCGCCUAGCUUUCGCAGGAGGCCAGUCGAGUCGAGCUCGGGACUCUCGUCGCGGCAACCGCCCAGGACAGAGACAGACGAGUAUGCUCCCCCAAGGGGCUUCAAGCGUCCCAAGCCAGUCACCACAGGUUCGGCCCCGUCUCGACAGCCACACGACUACCCGCUGGUUUACCACCCAUCAGCUGAUCACUCGACUCAGUCACGCUUCCCCACAUUCGUGCCGGCAUCCGUCCUAUCCUCGGACGAUCUAUCGGGCACUGAGGACUCUGAGCUCUCAGAGCCAGAGUCGGAUCCAGACGAUCUGAUUGCACGCGACAAGCCACGACGGCACGAUCGCGCGCACACGCACAGAGAACUACUUGGAAACAACCAAGACGACAGCCAGAUCCCUACCCGGACACCCUGGAAGCACAACCGGCACACAAACUCUAAUCGCCACACACCCAUCCUUCGCGCGCAACCAGACGACGAUGUACGCUCCGAAUCAUCUGGAAAUGAGCAAGAUGGCGAGGAAUCAUCCGAGGCCACCGAAGACGAGGCGGACCCAGACCCAGAUGCAGAUGCAGACCCUGCUGCCCCUGUUCAGGUCAAGAGCCUCUCAGAUGACGAGGACGACCAAUUGGAUGCCCAGCUCUUCUUCCGCAAUCUCAUCGAAUCCUCUGAUGAAGCAGAGAGCGAUGCCGACUCUAUCAUGGGCGACAUUAUUGGGGCCGUUGCGGCAUUUUCCGAUACAGAAACAGACGUAGAGCAGCUCGAGCAACCCUUGAUGGUCAAGGAGGGUUGGGACGGUCAGCUCGUUUUUUCGACCGAUAUUCUGCCUACUGCAGGGAUGCUCGAUUUUGAUUUCGAGCGGUCGAGACCCCAAUUGGAGGACCACUCUCAACCCGAAUCGCUUACGACCUCACACUCGACCCUGCCGGUCACGCAGCCUGCCGCCAUCUCCGACGAAGAUUUCGACGAGAUUGACUCUAUAGCUGGGGAUACGACAGAUGACGAGAUCAUCCCAUCCAGCGUACCUGCACUCCCUGUUUCAUCGACGAUUUCUCCCAGUGUCACCCUCACGCCAACGAGAAUGAGCACCAGAGUCAACAUGAUGCCACCUCCACCCUCCCCUGCCGAGCUGCUGGCCGCACGUCGAUCGUUCCCGUGGGAUGUCCUCGCUUCGCCAGCGCCAUCCAUCGCCGCCACAGAUGAAGCCCCACCUAGGAGCAGAAGUGCGAGCGUCAACUCGCUCGGAUCCCGUGGCCCACGACUAGGCUUUUUCAAUGGUGCGGUGUUUGGCCCAAAACGCACCAUUAUCAGCGAUACUGGAGGCAAGCUUCCAUCACCCUUUAGUUCUAUCACCCCUGCUCCACCCGUCGUGCGGCGCAAGAGAAGAGCUAACUCUGACCUCGGGUCCUUUUUCUUCAAACGCACAAGGAAUUCGCAAUCCCUGACUUCGUCCUAUUUCUCCGACGAUCUAUUUACGGCAUCGCAAGGCCAGCUCGUUGAUCUGGACGAGCUCCUCGAUGCAUCAUUGUUAUCAGAGGACGUCGACAAACCGACGGAUACGGAUACAGCCAACGAAUCACCCUCUCGAUGGGAUCGCAUCCCGAUGGGUAUCUAUCGACAGACACGAGAUACAGAGGCUUCUCACCCUGGUUCUUCCAUGUCCUUUUCCUUUUCCAUUGCCGGCUUUGGAGCCCCAGCACUCCCUCGCCCAGACUUUGUCCCACCUGCUCGCUCUCAUGUCAGCCAUGGUUCGAUAGACUCUAUCCUUUGGGACGACGACAUUAUCGCUCCUCGUCGUACGCAGAACCAUACGCACAAUAAGAAAAGGCCGCGCGACUUUCUUGACUCCGACGGUCUCUUUGGUCUUUCCCGUGUAGGUUCCUCACGCGGAGACAGGACCCCGACGCAAUCUCGUGGAUUUUCCAUGGACCCACCAUCAGAUUUCUUGUCCGAAGCCAAGUCUCGAAAGGACCGUCGCAAGGAAAAGAAACGAGAAAAGGCCAGUUUACAGAAACAAAUUUUGUCUGCAUUGGACGAAACGUUUGCGGAUACGUAUGACGACGAAGACUUGAUGAUGGCUGAAGCAAAGGUCUAA